AACAACAACAACAACAAAAAAACAUUAACUUGAUGUUGAUGUGUUAAGAGAAAUAUAGUUGUUACACUUUUAUUGUUAUUGUAAUUAUUAUAGACAUUCUCCGGGAGUAAUGUUUUCUCAGAGCCACUGUCUGAAAUGUAUGCAUAAAGGUUUAACUAAACAGUCAUCAUAUUAUAUGCGUGCACACACACAUAUUGUGAUCCAGCAUAUCUGUUAAAAUUGUCUACUGACCUAUGUAGUCACUGCUUUAAAUUUACAACCCACCCAACUCCAAGAUUCCCCUUCACCCACAGCUGGUUUCACACAGUCUCUCAGACGUUAUUUCACUGCAGCCACGUCAAGGACUACUCGAGAUCAGCCGCAAUGACUUCACAGAGGUGUGUCGAAGGGACAUUCUUUAAUCGUUCUCUGCACAAAUGUCAGCAAUGUGAGACUAAAUAUGAAAUCCAAAAAGGUCACUAUUUUACUGAAAACUGCGGGUGGUCCGACGAGCAACAGCAGGUCGAGUCACCUUACAGACCAUGCAUAGAUGGGACAUUUAACGAUGGAUCUCAAGUCGUGUGCCGAACCUGUAGCUCUUGCCAACCGCAACAUUUCAUUGCGUCUGCGUGCAACACCACAUCAGAUACCAUCUGCUGUAAACAAGGCGAGCAGUUUUUUAACGGAAAGUGUCUCCCUCAACCGACGCAGACCACAAGGACAACAACUGCGAGUACGACUGUCCACACUAGCUCUGUUGACAGCUCAAGCCCAUCUCCAACCUCUUCAAACUUUCCAGACCCCUCUCAAAGCACUGAAAACUCUAUUUCGAGCCCUCAGAGCUUAAUGCCAUUCAUCGGGAUCUAUGUAUGUUUUGGGAUUUUAUCAACUCUCACUCUGGUGUGCCUCUUCCUGUUCAUCAGAAGGAGGAGUAAACCUUUCAACGAAGAAUUAAAAAAAUGCUGUAAUGGAGCAAGUCAUGAAAGCCUGUCCAGAAAGGGCAUUGCCAGAUAUGAACAGGCCGUCUCAUACAACAUAAUCAACGAUUGUAAUAACGAUCACAUGCCUGGAUUGUCGCACCUGUUAGCAACUGAGGUCCAUGAUGCACCUCUGAAAACGGUGCUGAACAACUUGGAUGUUCUUGAGGAGCUUGUGUUGGUAUUAGACCCGGACAUUUCUGGCGCCAAGAACACUCGCCACCUUGCUGCCCAGUGCUCCUUUUCCUUUGCCUGGAUAAAUUAUGCGUAUUCCAUGAAGGACCACAAAAGCCCCCUUGUUGCCGUUUUGGAGGGUGUCGUCACCAAGAACCCAGAUUGGACUGUCGGCCACCUCGCUGAGCUGCUAACCACUAUUGGUCGUAACGAUGCAGUGGAGAUUUUGGCGAAGCUUCCUGCAGAUGUAUAAGAAGAAUUCAUGCAAUAUUUUAAGAACACAAAGCAGUAAUUUACUUGUUAUACUGUACCGUUGAACACAAUCGCAUAAGAAGGAUUUGUGAAUUUGUAUGAUCUGAGGGUUAAUGGUUAGUAUUUGUUCUAAAAAUCAUUCAUCGUAGUGCACGGUUAUACAAAAUCGCCAAUUUGGAAAUGGUUUUCUCAUGAGAUUGUGUAUUUUUCCUCUUUAUAUAAGUCAGUGUUAUCAGUAUUAAAUGGCAGUUGUUGAAGCACACAAUGCUUGAAUGUACUCAGAUUGACCUGUCUAGGAUGCAAACUGCAAACAGAUGUAUGUCUGGAGUCCAUGUGGAAGCAUUUAGAAACAAGGACAAGACACCUCUGGGAAAUUCCUUGGGUUUCCGUUUCAUCCUAGUUCAUACAUGUUACACAUUUAGUUUUAUAUAGCCUGUAUGAAACAUAACACUGCAUAACACUAUUUCUAUUAUUCAUGAAAAUGAAGUGUCCUUUUCUUCUAAUCUUUUUAUAAGUGUCAUAAAUCUUGGAAAUUUAGAAUUGUUGGCGAACCAAUAUUCCAAGCUUUCAAUUUCUUGACAGGAUCUGGCCACAAACCCUUUCUGAAAGCAGUAUAUCUUUAGUUAUUAGUAGUGUACAAUUGAUUCUUUUGUAUUGUCAGCACAAAGAUCACAAUAAAUCUUGAACUUUGUUCAAA